AUGGCGUUCAAGCGCCAGUUGGGCUGGCUGCUCGCUGUGGCGUGCUACAACGCCAUCUUCGCCAGCUCAGCUGUUGCCGCCGCCGAUGUUGAGGGCGAGUCCAUCCUCCAUAGCGAGAUUGGCCGCUUGAAUAACCAGAGCUUACUCUGGGGCCCAUACCGUCCGAAUAUUUACUUUGGCACCCGUCCGAGGAUAGGAAAGAGCCUGAUGACGGGGUUGAUGUGGGGAAAGAUUGAGAGUUACACCGACUUCCAGCACACCGUUCGGUACACGUGCGAGCAAAAUGAGGGUAUGAAGGGCUAUGGCUGGGAUGAGUAUGACCCUAGGAGGGGAGGUAUCCAGUCGAUUCAUGAUAUCCAGAACGGUCUUGACAUCACCACUUCCUUUGUGAAGAUCCCUGGCGGUGCUCAUGGCGGCAGCUGGGCAGCCAGAAUUAAAGGCACUUUGAAUGAUGAUGCCCCUAAGGAUCAGAAGACGAUUGUUGUCUUUUACGUCAGCCAGGAAGGUGAGAACUCCGAACUCGAGGCAGUGCCGAGUGAGAACGAGUUUGGGUAUGAGGGCGAUGUGAUUCUGAAGGGUCGUUCCGAGGCCCUUGGUAACUACAAACUGGUUGUCACUAAGGGCAAAGGUGUCAUUCCUCAGAGCGAUCACGACCUCUCCAGACUGAGGGGGCCCGGCCAGACGGUUGUUCAGUCCCUGACUUACCCCGAUGAGGUGCUGUGGCAGGCGAAGCCGAUCCUGUUCCAGCAGCUCAAAGCCGGCAUCGACUGGCUUGUUGAGAACAAGUACGACGUCGCAGACCCCCCUCCGCCGUGGCAGGUGUACCUACUUGCCAACAAGCCUGGCUCUGGCAAUGUCCACAUCGUGCAGAAGGUUUUUGAGGGAGACUUUGAGUUUGAUAUCCUCUUCUCAAGCGAGUCUGCCGGCAAGGAGGUUACGAGCAAAGAUCUGGAGAGGGAAGUGAAGCAGGCGACUGAGGUAUUUGGCGAGCGUUUCGCCAGAGUGUUUGACCUCAAGGCCCCGUUCCAAGGGGACAACUAUAAAAAGUUCGGCAAGAGCAUGUUCUCCAAUCUUAUCGGUGGCAUUGGCUACUUCUACGGUCACUCCUUGGUUGACCGGUCGUAUGCCCCUGAGUACGACGAGGAAAACGAAGGCUUCUGGGAGGAUGCUGCUGAAGCAAGGGCUCGCCACCAAGAGGCAUUGGAAGGCCCCUAUGAGCUUUUUACCAGCAUCCCGUCUCGUCCUUUCUUCCCCCGUGGAUUCUUAUGGGAUGAGGGGUUCCACUUGCUCCCCAUCGCCGACUGGGACAUCGAUCUUGCUUUGGAGAUCAUCAAGAGCUGGUACAACCUGAUGGAUGAGGAUGGAUGGAUUGCUCGUGAGCAGAUCCUGGGUGCCGAGGCCCGGAGCAAAGUCCCGAAGGAGUUCCAAACUCAGUAUCCGCAUUAUGCCAACCCUCCAACCCUCUUUCUCGUCCUCGAUAACUUUGUAGAGAGGCUGCGGAAGAACAACGCAAGCCAGCCAGUGGUCAAGGACAACCUUUCACUUGAUGAAACUCUGUCCACCGCGUCCGUCGACAACCCCGAGGUUGGGCUUGAAUACCUUCGCCGCUUGUACCCGCUGCUUCGACGCCAGUUCGAUUGGUUCCGCAAGACUCAAGCCGGUGACAUAAAGUCCUAUGAUCGCGAAGCCUAUUCCACCAAAGAAGCCUACCGUUGGCGUGGUCGGACAGUGUCUCACUGUCUCACAAGUGGCCUAGACGACUACCCACGUCCUCAACCACCACACCCAGGCGAGCUGCAUGUCGAUCUGAUGUCCUGGGUCGGCGUGAUGGUCAAGUCGCUCAUCAGCAUUGGCAGUCUGCUAGGCGCUACCGAGGAUGUGGAGUUCUACACCAAAGUCCUCGACGCGAUCGAGCACAACUUGGACGACCUGCACUGGUCUGAGAAGGAAGGCUGCUACUGUGAUGCGACGAUCGACGAGUUCGAGGAACACAAGCUCGUCUGCCAUAAGGGCUAUAUCUCUCUGUUCCCGUUCCUGACGGGCCUCCUGAAGCCGGAUAGUCCCAAGCUGGGCAAGCUUCUGGCACUGAUCGGUGAUGAGAGCGAGCUCUGGAGCCCAUAUGGCCUGCGCAGUUUGAGCAAGAAGGACGAGUUCUACGGCACGGCGGAAAACUAUUGGCGCAGCCCGGUCUGGAUUAAUAUUAACUAUCUGGCUAUCGUGCAGCUUUAUAACAUUGCUACCCAAGACGGUCCCUACAAGGAGACGGCCCGCGAUCUGUACACACGCCUGCGUAAGAACAUUGUUGAGACUGUCUACCGCAACUGGGAAGAGACCGGCUUCGCCUGGGAACAGUACAACCCGGAGACGGGCAAAGGUCAGCGCACGCAGCACUUCACUGGCUGGACCAGUCUGGUGGUCAAAAUCAUGGCCAUGGAAGAUAUCAGUGGAGAGGGUGCUGGGGCUAGCAGCGGUGGUCAUGUCAGAGAUGAGCUGUAG